AUGAGUGACCUCCAACUGAACUUAUGCACCCAUUUCGGGAUUUACAGAUGUGAAAGCAGCUUGUGGGGACUUGGAAAGCUGAAUGCCAGGGUUCCUCGCCUGCCGGUGUCACAGCCUUGUCCCACUAGUCAAGACCAAGUUUUCCGGGAUCAAUACCAUCCUACAGAGGCAGCUUCGCAGAUCUUUGCUGACAGAGUUCUUGAUGGUCUUUCAACCUACACUUAUUCUAUUAAUACGAGACAACUUUUGCAAACCAAACUCCAAGCUUUGGAAGGCUUUAAUGAAGGCCGCAGUUGGCAGAAGUUUUGGAAAAACAUACCGGCAGGAGGAUUAUCUGUGGAUGCCUACCUGAAAGUUACUCUUCCCAAUUUCUAUGCUCAUGAGUAUUCUACUAGUUAUUUGUCAACCGUGUUUAUGAUACUAUGUAGCUUAUAG